AUGUGGGCGCUGGGAGCGACCCCAUCUGAGAUCCAGGACAUGUGGGAUUAUAACACGCCUUAUCAAGAUGACAUGAACCCCGGGUACCCAGAGGCAUCUUCCAAGCAUGGUCUCUAUAAUCCAGAAGUUUUCCAAAUGUGUCUAGGUAUCGAUGACUGCUACCCCGAUUUCCUCAAGUUCUUCGAGGAAGAAAUCAGCAGUAAGGGAAUGCAGGAAGUGGUCAAGGAAUAUCUGUUCAAGGGAGAUGAGCGAGCGAAUGACAUCCUGGGCCGCAUGUUUGCGGAUCUCGUCCAUCCGAUAAUUCACCUUGGGUGCGGCAUUGAAUUCAAGCAGCCGAGUCUCGUCGCAGAAGCGUUAGCCGGAGCCUGUGUGCAUGAGAACUGGCCCAAAAGCUUCCUCCUCCCCACAGAAGAUUACGUGCGUGCAAACCCGGGGAUACCGUCUAAGUCGAUGCUCCAAGUUCUGGAUUCCCUCCAGGCGGAUAGCGAUAUCUCGAAAGGAACACGAGAGGACGAUCCUUUCAAUAAGAUCCCAGACGGUUUCCUCAAGCGCGUCACACCAGCACAGCUAGUACCCUACCUCAGCCAGUUCCAGGUCAAGCCCGAGGCCGAGGACCUGAAGCUCAAACUAUCAGACAUGAUGCACACUUCUGCAUACAUGCUCGGAGCUGCCCAGCGCCCAGGCAAACGCGAAGCCAUGGACUUUGUGACCCUUCACGCGGCUACACUAGCGGCAUUCUUCCCGGCACUCAUGGCGCAGGACUGGUUGUCCAACGAGGACAAAGCGAGACUGCUCGAAGCGACGGUACGUGUCGAUGCCGUUAUGUAUGCUGGUACAGCGUGUCCACCCUUGUAUGCCGACAGAGUGAUCAACUACAUCCCACAACACCCGACGCAUGAAUGGUCUGAGCUGUUUCACCGUGCAAACGUGUACCGUGACGAGGGCCAUGCUGUCAAGUUGCUUCGCGCUCUAUAUGCCCUGGAACCGUUGGAGCUUGGGCCAGAUUUUCCGAUCGCCAAGAGUGAUUUCUUCAACAUUGCGCAUAUGGGAAUUGAUUCCAUUGAGCGGGCAAUGGAGGAAGGUGGCAACCAUGUGCCGAAGGAGGUCGCAGCAGGGGUGCUUCAAAGGGUUGGUCGUGGAGGUGAAAUGGUGGUCGGGAACAUGACCCGGUGGGUGUUCUAUGGCGGGUUGCCCAACGCUUGGAGACAUGUACCUGCCAUAUAA